AUGGCAGGACCAAACAUAGCUAAACCCAAAUUUAAUGAAUACCUACAACAACGAAUGACAGAGAGAGUAGGGGGAAAAGAAAAGUAUAAGAAAGUUAAGAAAGUGUGGGAGGAGGUGAAGUUGAGAUGGACACAGGCAGGUUACCUCAGAGGGGGACCUCCCUCGGAGGAAGAACUCAAGAUUAUGGAGAAAAGUCUAGAAGUGGCAGUUGAGAAAGCCAAGGGAGAGGAAGAAGGAAAGAACAAGGCACAUAGGUUUAAGAAAGAGGGAACUAAAAAGAGAAAGAGAGCACAGGGAGAGUUGAGAGUAGGGACAUGGGCAAUAGAGGAGAGUAGGAGGGUGCACCCUAAAAAAUCUGACACAAUGUGUGUGAAAGGGUCUCCUACAGUCGCCCCAGACACCAGCACCAGACCUGUUCCCACUUCACUAUACCCAUUGUUAACAGAGGAGGCACUGCGGCCCCCACCAUACACCCCAGGACAGGAGCACAACAUUCAGACACACCACCAAACCAAUCCAUUUCUCUCCAUGCCUCAGCCUGCAAUACAGGCCCCUGUUCUAACAGUAGGAGAAGGGAGCCUGAAAGGCACCAUGACUUUUGGCAUAAAUGGAGGGCAGUUGCUGUGUGAACAGCCGCCCUCUACCAGCACUCCAUAUCAACCCAAAGAACGGGAAACCCUGAGACGGGAAGAAGGGGGAGACCCGACCUCUCCUGGAGGUCGCUCCCUGCUCUCUUUUAACAACCCUGUGAGCGGAGUGAAUAGUGGGUGUCACCAACAACUGAACCCAGAAUUUUUCAGACAACAUUCUUCACAGGACCUUAGAGGGGGAAGGCGUGGCCAAUGGAGCAAUCAAAGCAGAGAUAUGGAAGAUGAUGAAGACAGAAGAGCUUACAUUAGCGAACUGGAUAAAAACAGAAGGAUACCCACUGAAGAUGAAAUAGAAAGUGAAAUUAAAAAAUUGGAAAUCCAAUUAGGAGGAUCCCGAGCUGAAGUUGAGGUGCUCCUUGCUCCAGGUGAGAACGAAGGGGCCGAGUACCUAGUGGAGGGAAUAAUGAGAGGAACAGUGACAAACGUGACAGAUACCUUGAGAGAUAUCACAACACAUGAGCAACAUCGGAGGUCAGCCAGAGUGGCAGAGAGGAACAGGACAGGAGGACCCCAAAGAACAGACUGGGAAACCGAAAGGUCAAGAAUGUGCCGUCUCAGGCCUGCAGCUAAUCCGGCCUAUGUGGAGUAUGAACCAUGGAAGAUGACUGAUUUGACUACACUAAUGGAACAAAUGCCCAGUCUGCAUGGAGGAGCGUCCUCCUGGUUGAACAAACUACAGACUCUCACAUCAGGUCUGAACCUAUGUCUAGGUGACAUGAGGGCAUUAGUUGCAAGAGCAACUAAUCAUGGAACAAUGACCAGCAUCAUGACAGCUGCAAACCUAGAUGGAAGGGCAGCUACCCUGCCUCUAGAUCAUUUCAGGACAAAUCUAUGGGAUGCGUUGCGAAGGGCCUACCCCACAGAAAGAAACCAGGCCUUGCUUUCCUCCUUCACCAUCAACCCAGGAGAGCAUCCAGCUGAGUAUCUAGACAGAGCCAAAACUACCUGGAGGACAGUAAAUGAAGAACCAUUUGAUCACACUGAUACAACCCUCAACAUGUGGAAGGAGAUGGUGAUCAAUGGAUGCCCAGGGGAUGUGAAGACCAAGCUACGUGCAACAGUGGGUUUAACAACCUUUCCCUUGAUGCAAUUCAACGCACAUGUGCACCACCAUGUUACUCAACACAACAAGGAUAAAGGGGGGGCUGAGAGUCAGGUCCAAUCUCUCCAAGUACAACUACUGAAACUCCAACUAAAGGAGGCCCAAAAAGGAGAAAAACCAAAGAAACAAAUGCUGGCAGAAGAAACGCCUGGUGAAAAUGGAACACCUGAUCUCUUUCAAGUUGUAACAACCCUAGCUCAGACUGUCUCUCAGAUGAUCCAACUACAAGCCUCCCCUCCCCAGGGAACACCUGCCCCAUAUCAACCCCAACCACCAUUUCCCCCACAACAUUACGUCCCACAACCACAACCCUGGCCUCAACAUGGCACCCCAUUAGGUCCUCCAAGAGGAGGGAACUACCUGUGCUACAAUUGUGGAGGAGCUGGACAUUUCAGGCGUGAUUGUAAGGAUCCACCACAAUUUACCUAUCAACCCCAAUGGAGGGGAAGAGGAAGAGGAAGGGGAGGACCACCAUACCCAUCACACCCACCACCUGCUCACCAUCAAGGCCAGGUGAAGCAAGCACCGACGUUUUCACCUCCCCAAUACCAAGCUGCAGGGUUCCAAGGUAUGGCGGGGGAACCCAUGUUCUGGCCAUGAAGGUGCCCACCACCUACGACAGAAAGAGGGGGCGGCAGAGGACAGGACGAACUCUGGAGGUGCCAUGAUGGAAGACAAGUUGAACCAGCUGGACUCUGCCGAGUCCCACACAUCUGGUGGCACCCUCACAUGACAGAAACUGUAGACAGGUUUUCAAAAUGGGUAGAGGCAAUUCCUACAGAAAACUACAGAAUUAGAGGAUGAUAGGUCAGUUAUUAAGUGGCUACAAACUAAGUUAAUACCCAGAUAUGGUAUACCAAGGCAGAUAAGAUCUGACAACCACACAUUUUUAGCAACAAAACACCUGAAAAAGGUGGAGGUAAGAUUCGGAAUCAUGCACAGAUUCGGUUCAGUAACAUCCACAGUCCCAACCAAACAUUUAAAGCUAAAAUAACAAAGGUUUGUGCAGGAACAAAAUUAACAUAGGUCCACCAAGGGAGGGAGGUCAUAUGCCCUCCCUUGAUGUACAACAGAUAGAAAUGACUGAUUAUGUGAAGAAAUUGACGGAAUUUUCUGCAGCACUCUCUUCUCAGGCGCAGAAGGCCCAAGAGGGGGAGCUGUCGGGAAGUACGCUGACACUGAAGGUAAACGUGGGAGACUGGGUGAGGGUUAAAGUCCACAAGAGAAAGUGGCUGGAACCCAGGUGGACUGGACCGUACGAAGUGAAGGAGGUUACUUCACACUCAGUCCAGGUCAGA